UGAAAGUCGCCGUAUAAAUACAAGAGAUAAAUGUGCAGACAUUCAUGUUACGAUGCUCGGUCUUUAGGCUAGACUCUCAUAAACAUCAGGUUAAUUAAUUAAUUACAGUGGAGCCAUCUAAUUAGAAGAUACUUAAGUGAAACAAGCGCGUGCCAUCGGAAUGGAGGCGGAGCCAUGUUUGAUCUUCACAGAGCACGUCAACCACUACAACAACCCCGCAGGGUUUCCUUCAGUACAGCCGCUGCCCUACAACGUGAACCCCGCCCACAUCAGUUGGCAGAUGUUGGAGGCCAGCAGGCUCAGACGACUGGGGAUUCCCCAUCGAGAUUCCCGGCGCUGUAACAUUGUGUACAACAGUCAAGUGCCCAAGGAAAACGCCGCUUUGAACCAGAUGCCCAGACGCCAGCCCCCGUGUAUCGACGUCCUGCUAGAGAACACCAAACGGUUCAACACCAACUCGCUGGCACCGUUCUACACUCACGAGAAGCGCACGUGCGGCUACUUCUUCUCACGGGAGACGGACAACAGGAUCACCAAAAAUGGCGUCCCACCCAGUGACUUGGUCGCCUGGAGGUCAAACUCGUUCAUCUGAUGCCUCGGGUUUAUCAUUUUGUGGAGGUUUAACAUCGUUCAUCUGAGGCCCGAGUUUAGCAUAUGUGUAGAGUUUAACAUCGUUCAUCUGAGGCCUCGAGUUUAGCAUUUUGUGGAGGUUUAACAUCAUUCAUCUGAGGCUCUAAGUCUAGCAUCUGUGUAGUUUAACAUCAUUCAUCUGAGGCCUCGAGUUGAGCACAUGUGUAGAGGUUUAACAUCGUUCAUCUGAGGCCGAGUUUAGCAUUUCUGUAGAGUUUAACAUAAUUCAUCUAAGGCCUCAAGUUUAGCAUAUCUCUAUAGUUAAACAUCAUUCAUCUGAGACCUCGGGUUUAGCAUUUCUUUGGAGUUUAACAUCGUUUAUCUGAGCCCGAGUUUAGCAUAUCAGUAGAGUUUAACAUCGUUCAACUGAGGCUCCAAGAUUAGCAUAUCUGUAGAGUUUAACAUCGUUCAACUGAGGCUCCAAGUCUAGCAUAUCUGUAGAGGUUUAACAUGGUUCACUUAAAGCUUAUAACCUAUAACAGCCCUAGUAUCCCAAUAGAAAACACCAUCUCAGUAUUUUCCUAUGUAGUAGAUAGCUGUCAAAUAAAAUAGUUUACUAUUUAGAUAGCAAAGAGAAUUACAUCUGUAGUAG